AUGAAGUUGCUGCUAUUACUCUUGGUUGUAUUAAUUUCAUUAGCAUCAGCAGCAACAUCAGCGCCAAUUUACGCGAGACCCGGAUGCAAAGAUAUGUGUGGGGGUGUCCGGAUUCCAUACCCAUUUGGAAUCGGUACAGGGUGUUAUAUCAAUGAAUGGUAUGCCGUUGAUUGCAACUCAUCAAUACCAUACCUUUCUGCGAUAAACAACCUGAGACUAUUGUCUUUGAAUCUAGAGAAUCAAACGAUGGCUGUUAAUGUCUCAAUGAAUUCUAAUUGUGUAGACCCAAUCCGGAACAACAGUCAGAUCUUGAGCGUCGACUUGGGUGAUAGCCCUUUCCUCUUUUCUCGAGAAGAUAACAAAUUCACUGUCGAGGGGUGUGGAAAUGCAGUUAUCUUGGAGCAAAGGAACUUGGUCACAGGGUGUUCGACGAUAUGCCAAAACCAAACUAUUAACCCAAGAAACAAUUGUUAUGGGAUCAAUUGUUGCCAAACCACAAUUCCUUACUAUCUUAAAACAUACACCAUCGAUACUACAAGCUUGCAAAGUCAGGAUUCGGGUGGAGUUUGUGGGUCUGCGUUCCUGGUGGAUGAACAAAUGUACUCUUUUGGCAAGUUUUCAAGACAAUCUGCUUUUGUUGGCAACUCCUUUGUUCCAAUUUCACUUCGUUGGACUCUAAGACUAGAAGAAAUUGGUGAAAGAGAUUGUUCUUCUAUGGCAAGAGAGACUCUUUAUCUGGGUAAUGGUACCAACAUUGAAUCUUACAAAUGUACUUGUAGGCCAAUUGAAGAAGGAAGCCCGUAUUUAACUAAUGGAUGCCAAGCUGUUGGACCAUGCGCCACGUGUAUCAAUGGAUGCGUGCAAAUUAAUGGGACAGGGAAUUUCACAUGUCUUCCUACUCAAGCUAGAGGAAAAUCAUCAACAACUGGAGUUAUUUUAGGUGUUAGCAUAAGCAUCGGGGUACUACUUCUUACAGCAACCACCUUUGCUUUAUACAAACUGAUCCAAAAAACAAAAGACAAAAGACAAAAAGCACGAUUUUUCAAACGAAACGGAGGCCUACUUCUAAAACAACAAGAAACUACCGAUGAAGGCUUAGUCGAUAAAACUACACUUUUCACCGCGAAAGAGUUAGAAAAAGCAACCGACCACUUCCACGAGAAUCGAAUCCUCGGUCGUGGAGGCCAGGGAACUGUCUACAAAGGCAUGUUAACUGAUGGAAGGAUUGUAGCUGUGAAAAGAUCAAAAAUAGUAGACGAAAGCCAAUUAGAACAGUUCAUCAACGAGGUGGUUAUCUUAUCGCAAGUCAACCAUCGGAAUGUGGUCAAACUUCUCGGAUGUUGUUUAGAAACCGAAGUCCCUCUUCUUGUAUCCGAAUUUGUAUCAAACGGGACUUUAUAUGAACAAAUUCACAAUGAAACCGACGAGUUCCCGAUGACAUUAAACACACGGUUACGGAUCGCAACCGAGAUCGCCGGAGCUCUCGCGUAUUUACAUUCCGCUACUUCGAUUCCUAUAUACCAUCGAGACAUUAAAUCGACUAAUAUACUUAUGGAUGACAAAUUUCGAGCAAAAGUUUCCGAUUUUGGGACUUCGAGAUUCGUAUCAAUUGAUCAAACACAUUUGACGACGUUAGUGAAGGGGACUUUUGGGUAUUUGGAUCCGGAAUAUUUUCAAUCGAGUCAAUUUACGGAAAAAAGCGAUGUUUAUAGUUUUGGGGUUGUUUUGGUUGAACUUUUGACGGGGGAAAGGCCGAUUUCGGUGACGCGAAUUGGUGAGCAUAGAAGUUUGGCGACUCAUUUUAUGAUGGCUAUGGAAGAAGGUGAGGGGAUGGGGGUUUUUGAUCGGAGGAUUGUGGAGGAGGGUGGUCGGGUUGAGGUUAUGGCGGUGGCUGAGCUGGCGGUGCGGUGUUUGAAUUUGAACGGGAAGAAUAGGCCUACGAUGAAAGAAGUGGCGUUAGAAUUGGAAAGAAUUAGGGCGAGUUAUUUACCAUCUGGAAAUGGUGUUGGGAAGUUGAAGUACAAUGGUGGAAUGGAAGAAGAAAUGAUUUUGUUCUCGUAUGAUGAUGAUGAUAUACCAUUAACAAGUAUGUGA